GAACACAGACAACUGCAGACGUCGAUGUGUGGAGCGUCCGUGGUAAGUUCUUCACAGGACAAAAGGUGCGUUUUGACGCCUACGCCGCCAAAGACCGAGACCGAAUUGAAAUAUCUGCCACUCACAUGGUUUGCUCCUUCGGCAAGAAAGUCUCGCCCGAUGUGGCGCAACAACAGCGCCUUAUUUGCAUGUAUACGGACAUAGCAUGGCCGCCAGAAGAUAGCGGGAAAACCGAAUAUGUAAAACGGACCCUCGUUUUAAGGCGUUUGUCCCUGCACGUCUAUACAUUUUUCACAGGUCCUUUACAUAUUUACGUAAGAGGAUGAAUUUUCACGUUAUAAUUACAACAUGAUUUAAAUCAUACUGUUAAUACUUCUGCACAAACAGAGAUAACAGUAAUUGCGGGUGAGAUGAUUUUUUUUGUAGUACUACCUGCAAGUUGGAAAACUGCGCAAAAAGCGUCCUUUCUCUCUCUCUCUCUCGAAGAGUUUUCCACUUACGAGGUUGCCUCCUCUAAGUUUUGUUACCUACGAUAGAG